CGAACUGAAAAUUAACACUUGAGGCAGAUAGAAGCAGACAGUUGACUUCUCUGUUAACUUCAACCGACCUCAAAACAAUGGCUGCAGAAUUUGGAGAAUGGAGUAAGACACUGGAUGCAACUGCAGACAUUCAGAUGCUCUGUGAUCAGGUGAAGAAAGAAGUGGAGAAAAUUACAGGCCAGGACUAUAAGGUGUUCAAAGCAGUUAAAUACAGGAUCAAGAGUCUGUGUGGAGGACAAUUCUUUGUCAUCAAGGUUGAUGUUGGAGCGGACUACGAUCAUCUGAAUGUUCACCAAAUAACUGGGUUGCAGCACGAAGUGCCUCCAACCCUGCAUGGUGUAGAGCAGCACAAAACCAAAGAAGACCCCCUCGUACCUUUUUCAAUCUGAUCACACAACCUGUUUCAAGAGUUAAUGUACUUACAGGCUGCAGUCUCUGAUUAAAAUACUCUGCUUCUUUAUCCUGAAAUGAUUUGACAUUGAUUUAAAAUGAAUAAAUAUUCAAAGAUAUCGAUAUUUCGUGUUUGAAAGCAGUGAGUCGAAUGCACUGAAGAAAUAAAGUUUAUGUAUCCAGUA